UACCGGCGAGCAUCACCCUCGCCAUAUAGGGUGGAGGUGGCUAAAGGCUAAGGCUUUAUCUACUGUCAACCACAUUUUUAAUAAUAUCUGACUACAUUCUUUGAAAAUACAUCAGUAUUGGGCUGUGUUUUAUAUCAAUACAUGUAUUUUUCGGCGAAUGCUGCGUUUUUGAACACGCAUUAAGAUGAUGCUAUCAUGGUAGCAAUCCUCCAGACGAAUACGUGGGCAUUUAAAUUAGCCUCAGCGUUAGCAAAUCCGUUACAAUACUUAGAUCUCUAUCAUGAAGUUGUUAGGACCUUUUUUGUUACCCUAUCUUUAGCGUUUGACGUAUAAUAUCCUCACUUAAUAUUAGUGACUAGAAUUUAUGGUAUUUAAAACCCAUAUAUAUAUAAGUAUUUUAUUAUGUACAUACCCAUUUACCCGUAUCCAUUGUAUGCAGAGGAUAACAGGCUUAUCAUAACCAAAUACUCAACUACUUUAUAAAGUAAUGGUAAUUGUGGACCAACAAAUAGAAAAACACUGAAUCGGUCUUGUAAUAUACAAUAUGUUAUUUUUAAUAACUGCCCAAUUCUUUCUUGGAUGCCUAUUCUCCAGACCUGCUGAUAUUCAGGUAUAGCUGCCUCUCAUUAUGUGACAAGCGUUUAAGGCUAGUCGUUCACAACUUUCAAUACCACAUCUAUUUGCACAUGCAAAUACAGUGAAUGUAUGUAAAGUGCGAAGUGUGAAGUGGGCUUUUUUGUUCUGUCUUGUCUGGGAUAAGGCAUGCUUUGUCCCAAGGACUGUCUCUACACAAAUUCUAAAAUAUGGUAGAAGUAAUUAUUUUAAGUGAUGUAAGCUCUUUAAAUAGUUCGAAUAGUAUUUCCUUAAGUGUGUCCUGUGUUCAGUUGCAUUUCAUGUGUUGCUUUCAAUCAGUAAAACCAGUCAUCUCACCUCUAAUUAAGUUCAGGGUAAUUUACCCUCAAUGUAAAACUAAUAAUUUAUUAUUCAUUGGUUUCUGUACAGCUCAGCAACUAAACACUUUAAACGGAGAGAGUGGGAGAAAGUGGAAGAGAACUUGUUGUUGUAAAUCUUGCAGCACUUGCUUUGGAAUCAGUCGGGUGGGGCAGCUUUACAGGCAUCCUGUUGGCUCCAGGAAGAUGUUGCUAAGACGGAGCCCACUUUCCAUAGCAAGCAGUGUAGAUGUGUGUAGGUUAAAAAUAUGAGAUGUGCUGCAUGUGCAGCUGGAACGCCCAAGUUAAAAGAUAAAAAAGCACUUCAUCUAAAAGACUCUUAAUGGUAAAAUUAAAGGCUGCAUGACCAACGGUUGGCCAUGCUUUAAUGAUUCUGUUGCCUGUCUGGGUAGUUGUUAAUGACCACAUCUAUGCUGGUAUAGUUAGCAGAUAAUAAUUAAAAGCUUUCUGUUUUUUAUAUGUGCGUAUUCAUAGGCCAAAGGGUUGAGAGGUUUUAAAGAUGGCUUUUCAAAAGCGUUAAUAAAAAUAUCUGAUGUUUGCUCAAAUUUUAAGUAUAGGAUGAAGUUUGCUGUGAUCAAUUGCAUCGUAAUUUCACUGAGAGUGAUUACAGUAUAUGUCUGGCUCAUCAAAGUGGUUUAAUUCCAUGGUUCCACUAGUUUUUGUUAAAAAAAGGCCCACAAAAGUAUCCACUGUAUUUGUGUACUGUAUUUUCUUUCAUUCUAGUAUAGGUUUUGGUCAGUAGGACUUACCCUAAAAAAUUCUGUUGUUCUGAAAUGUCACCCUUAACUAAGAUAAUGCCGUAGAUCCCAUUUGAGCUCAAGUGAAGUGGCCUACUUUAGCUUUUCAUGGUUUUUAUGUAAGGUGAGUUUUCACAGUCCCACAACACCAUGCCACUCCUGCUCAAAUGGCUGGCUGCCUGAAAUAAAGGCACUCUCUGUCUUGAUGCCCAGUUACCAGAGCGGAAGUGGAGAGAGAUGCUACUUGCACAGAGGCCACAUGAUUUUCCACUCAGGCCUACACUGAUCUCUUGUUACGCACACGCACAUACACACACACACACACACACACACACAGCAAUGCAUUCGGUGCCAUCUGACACACAUGCAGGAAGUGUUCCUACAGGUUGGCGGUGUGCCACACACACACCUUAUUACUUUGCCAUAUCCACUGCUGCCUUCUCUCCUCCCUCCUCCAUCAUUUUGGUUUCCUGAGUGGUUCUUUUUGAAGCAUAUUUCAUGUAAAUUGUUGUAGACGAUUGAAACGGAUGUAGACUCUUGGAAAGUUAAACACAUAAUUAUACUAACAAACAUUUUGCCUCAGGGUGUGUUAUCAUGCACUGACUGUCUCACUGUCUUUUAACAUGCAUUUUUAGUUAUGAUGAUGGAGAAAGAUAGUUUAAUGAGACACUAUAUAAACUAAUGUGUAUGCACAGCUGACAUAUUUUUGUGAUUGGAGGAGUUGAACGUCAGACCAUUUUAACAUAUUUCCAAGAAACUGAUAAUUAACCACAGCAAAGUUAACUGGUACCCGUGGAUUGUUCUCGUGACACACAAACACAUGAGUUUUAAUUAAUUACAGCAUAAAUGGCCAUGCAUUUAUGUUUAAUUUGCAAGCCUGCAAGAGUUCUGGCCAUUUAGACUUAAACAAACAGAAUCUGAUGAUGAAUCAGCAACCACCAGGAGAUGGUGCACUUUGGGUACUAAUAGCCGACUGCUGACAGAUUACCGUGUUGUACUUUGAAUGUAAUUGUUGUUGAAUUGCAUAAAAGCCUGCAGCUGUAGAUGUUACUUUUCUCUAGAAACAUUUUGACAUCAGCAUUAGAUCAAACCUCUGUUUUAUCCUGUGAAGACAUCAUUUAUGGUACUGCAGCUUUAUCGUGUUGACCAUGAGUUUCAAUAACAUGGCGUUUACAGUUAAGACAUGGCAGGCAGAGGUCAGAGGAGGGAAGUGAGUAAUGAUGUGUGGCAGCUAAAUUUAAACACUGACAGAAGUCUUAAACCUUGUGAUUGGGUUUCGUGGACGGUGGUGUCAUAGAUGUAGAAAUAGUCUCUUUUCCUCGUAAGUCACGACGGAUGUCCUUGUGUAUUAACAUCGGUAAAGAGCGGUCCAAAUAUUGCUUAGACUUUUACUCUGUUACCUCCUAUUUGUGGUGGAAAUCAAGCCACUGAGUUUGUUUUGUUCAGCAUGCUGCCUAAAGAAUUUUUAGUAGCACUCUUCCCAACCCCCCAUUCCAUCACGUCCAUUCAGUUGUUAAAAGUUCCCAUGACGACACAGGGCCAGAUUGCCAAUGAAAGGACAAAGUAAGCUAGCGCUUGUUCCCCACUCACCCCCCUUUGUUUUCUAUUCUUCCUCAUCCUUUUUCCUGCUGCAUAUAGCUGUCUUUGCCUUAACGUUGAGCUUCUUAGUGCCUCAAAGCAUUGCAGUAAAACAGACCUUUACUCCCUGACGGGGCUCAGUCUUAAGUGCAAAAGUUGCUACGGGGUUGUGUGAUUCAGCUGUUUUGAGUCGUGCUGGCUACAUGCUCUCUGGCAUUCUGGGCAACACAAAGAGAAACAGUUGUUGGUCAUGGACAAAACGAAGGGCUUUAUGGACACCCAGGGCUGUGUAGCUGAUUCUUGUCUCUCUGAGAAAAGGUAGGAAAAAUAAAUUGUUGUCAAAUCGAAACACAUCCUUGUAUUCUAAGGGUGUAUUGAAUAGAGGAGUGUAUUUGAACAAAACUGUUAAUAAUUGUUUUAGGAGCUCUGUGGAUCAAGGAAACACUCCAGCAUUGUAACUCUCAGACCCACAAGCAUUUAAACCUUAUGAUGUAGCGAUGUCUCCACUCUCUGACAGCUGAUAGUAAAACAAACACUGAUUAAGAAAUUGAUUAAACUGAAAUGUGUUUCAGUAAUUUCUGCUUUGAAAAACAUUGCAUUGUGUGAGGUUGGGUUGCAGUGCUGUAGUUUCCCUCCAGUGAAACAACAGGUUCCUUAUUGUGCUUUAGAAAAUUGCGUCUUCUGUUCCAUCCUUAGCCAUGAAGAGUUUGAAAUGUCUGUGCUAGUUAUGAAAUCUAAGGAGUGUUAACAAAAGUUGCUCCUCUUUUAUGACUCAAUGAGCCAAUUAAAAAGUAGGUAAAAGGUCAAGGCCUACGUCUGACCAUGAACAACUAUUUUAAAGCUGCCACUUGGUCCUGACAAUAAAGUCAUUCAGUGACCACUUUUAUAGAGUACGUAGGUCAUUUUGCUACAGCCUUUGACGUUUCCCGCUCUCGUAUAUAUAUGUCAUAUUUUUGGCCUAAAUAAAAAAGUUUAUAGGUUUUCUGGAAUUGUUUUAUACGUGUUUGAUCAUGGCAUUCUUACAUUUUUAUAGCUUACUUGCAUCUGUACAUUGAACAUGAUACAAAGUAGAAUUUUCUGAGUGUCGUAAUAUUUUUAAGACUGUACACCCUUGGCAAAGAAAACCAAUUUCCAUUGGUUCUAUGGGGGUCAUACGUGUUACAGGAAGCAGCUAUAGCCUGAUGUUAUUGGUAACGGUCAUAUCUGCGCAAUGACAGGAAGUUGUUAGGACAUAUACCAGGUGAUGACCUCUGUGAGGACUGCUUAUGGCCUUACUUUCCUUAUGCCACAGUCUUUAACAUUGGUCAUGUGAGCAUGCUAAGUCAACAGUCAGACACUUGCAGUUAAAAAGGCUCUCACAGUGUGUUGUCACAGUUUAAACACCAGCCACAAUAGUUGUCUGCCCACAAUGUUUGUAAGUUAUUUAUAUUGUUUACAUAAGCCAUGGUUUCUUAAGCUUUAGAUACAGUGACCCCAUAAGACCCAGCCGGUGUAUAUGAAAUUAUAAAAAAAUUGCACUAGGUUUAUUCUGUUAGAAGACAGGCGAAGUAACUAUUACACCUUGUGAAACUCCACAAAGUUUCCUUUUUAGACAAUUACAAGCUGCACAUACAAUUACCCAAACCUGUUGGUUUAAAAUGACUGUGGUGAGUAACUGAACUGUAACUGAUAGCUUUUAACUCUAAUGACACAUUUAGAAGAACAUAAACCAUCUGUGGAAAAACACCCUGGAAUAGUUCUGAAAAAAAUCUAAUAUGAGCUGUCUGCUUAGAAUAUUAGUUAUUCAAAGGUCAAAGAAUAAUUGAAUUAAUUUUAAUUAUGUGUUUAUUUACCCUAUAGGUAAAUAAUUUGAAUAAAUUCAAAUAUUUUUUGUUUGUCUCAGAUCUUUCACCCAGUUACUCAUAUGAGUGGGAAAUUGUUUAGUUUUACUCAGACAGGAGUAAAUAAAAUCAUACAUUUUGAAAGGGUUUCCUCAGAAUCUGCUGUGUUAUUUUAAAGCCCAGGUCAAAGUUCAGAUUUUAUAAUAAUUAGAAACACUGAGUGAGUUAAAAGCCAAAAUUUGGGUCAUGUUUUUUGUUUUCCCCCAAAUUCAACUUUGUCGGAUUGAGUGCCUGAAGGGAGGUGGUGGAUUACAAGUCUUAGCUAUUGCUCCAUGGGCGAGUCUGAGCACCUCUGAAGUAUUUGACUUUCUCUCUCAUACACAAACCUGUUUCAUGUAUGAUCCCAGCCUACCAUACACAGACUAUUAUGGUAGAGCCAUUAUUAUUGGAAUUGAUACAAAUAUCAUGUUUAUACCUCUACUUCUUUGGGUUGCACCCUGUUGUUUGUGUUUGUAUGUGUAUGUGAAAGUGAGAGAGUUUGAGCCUGUUAUACACUCAGGGGGAGUGGUUGGUUUGACGUCACCCUUUACGGAGUGUCACACCAUUCUCAACACAAUGUGACUUCCUCUUUAGGAGCAGCAAUACAGCAACACAACCGUUCAGUCUAUCACCAUGAUAUGAAGGAAGGUCUGGUUUAAGAAGAACAAUUUUGGACUAAGAUAUUUAGAAUUUGUAAAUCUUUUUGAUUUCUUUUUUUCUGUCUGUUUUAAUGGCUUGAACCAGGUCUAGCCCUUUUUUUUGAUCGUCUUUAGAAAACUAGAGGAAAUGCCUACAACCAGUAGAUAUAGCUUCCGUUCAUCACAGCGUUUUAAAUUUACCAGUAACUACCCAGUAGAAGGCUCUGGCAGCGGGCUGCCGGACAAACUGAAGAAAAGCAAGAGUACCAUAAGCAAUGGCAGCAUCAAGAAGGUGGAGACCAGGAAAGCCAUGAGUCUGGAGACGGCUCAUGUUGACAUCCAGCAACAGCACAAAACCCUCAGCCGACAAGUAGCAAUCAGAGCACAGUCUUACGACGUUGACAAUAGAGUGUGUGAGAAGAUGGAAGGCACAAAUACGCAAAGUAGUUUUAUAAAGCACAACAAAACAUUCCACAAGUUAUUCCCUCACAUUCCUGAAGGUGAAGACUUAAUACAUGCAUACAUCUGUGCCCUGCAGAAGGAAGUGCCCUACCACGGCCGACUGUAUAUCACAAACACCCACGCCUGUUUUUACUCCUCAGUUUUGCUCAAGGACACUAAGGUAGUGAUUCCAGUUUCCUGCAUCCACAUAGUGAAGAAGCAGAACACAGCUUUGCUGGUGCCCAACGCCUUGUCAGUCCGCACCACUGGGGGAGAAAAGUAUCAUUUUGUUGCCUUGAGGAACAGAGAGUCCUGUUUUCAGCUGCUGCGUUCAGUGUGUCCUCAGCUGGAGGACGGUAGCACAAAUAGUAGUCCUGUCUUCUCCUCAACUGAAGCCAGCUUUGAUAAGAGCAAACUAGUGAACUCCAGCCAGUCAAGUCUGAACGACAGCUUGGACCUGUUUGAUGUCUCCGAGUCCCAGUCAUUAAUUGACCAGCCUCUGCAUGGACCCUGCAGAGAAACAGUUCCUAAUGACAACGUGUCCACUGUUAAGAGCUUGCACAUAGACCAGACUGAUAGUUCAUCUACAGAGGAGCUAUCAGAGUCAGGUGGAUCAUGGGUUUGGAAUGUGACUGAAAAGGCCCGGUCCCUGCUGGUUCAGAGAGAGGCCAGUACCCUCAACACUCUCCUCUUCAUCUAUUUGAUUUUGGUUGUGCUGCUACUGUUGUCUUCAGGCUACAUCGGUCUGCGUAUCGUGGCUCUGGAGAAACAGCUGACCUCCCUCGGGGCUUUGCCCGAGUUCUCCUUACGAAGCGGGUACCGCCAAGACACAUAACACUCGGUGACUGAAGGAGAGUUUGUUUGACUGGAGACUGGAGGAUUUAUCAGUAGUUUUUCUUUUUUCCUCUUCGGCCUCUUCUCAGCACAGACCCAACAGGACUUCGGACUGUGUCCAGGGCUAGAGGAAGAGUCUCCAUCCUCUGUUCCUAUUUCAAAACCAACCUGCAAACUUGAAGGGCUAAACUUGUUCCUGGUGCAGUAGACAAAAGGACACAGGGCCUCUUAGUCACACUGAGCCGAGCCAAAACGCUGAAACACACACUGCCUGGAUGCAGCGUUGUGUUGUUUGAACCAAAGCUAAUGCGGUUUUACUUUAGGUGCCACACUAAGCCAGGGUACUUUGUCUCCUGUUACCUGUUGUCUUUCAUCCUCCCACCUGAGCAUGCAGUGGAACAGGGCUAAACCAGUCAGCAUUAGCCCUCUGUAUUACUUGUUCUGCACCCACAGUGCUGUCCACGGCCAAAGAUGCACAUGUAUUGCAUGAGUGCACGGAGAUGGCUGGACUUCCUGUCUCGUAUUCACUGUUCUUUCUCUCUCAGGAGUAUGACAAAAACCCUGUCUCUUCGUUUGGCUCCUGUCACUCUCUUUCUCUCCUGGUCCUAAUCAGCCGUCGGUUGAAAUGACGAUCUUUCUCAAAUCUCUUCUUCUGAUCAGCCUUCAGAUUCUCAAAUCUCAUGGUCGUAACAUUUUUCUCUUUUAUCUUAAUGAUUGCAGUAUUACUUUCCUCAACUUUGGCAUGAUUUAAUUUAUUUAAUGAUCAAUGCUGAGAGGUAAUUCUUUCAGUCCAGGUUUACUGGACGGAUGCAUCGUCAAUGCACAAAUAUAAUUAGCACAGCGGGACACGAGAAGGUCGUCACACGUUGGGCAUUUUGUUCGGUGUGCGGCUCUUCUACGCCCCGGUGUUGAUCGUAGACUAAAAUCAGAUUUCUGAUGUGUGUGGAAUGUCUACCAAGAAAAAAAGAAUUGAGCGCAUUGUGUUGAAAUACAAACCUCUUCUUUGAUAGGCCUCUCGAGGAGCCAGUGGUAUUUCAAGAGAGGUAUUUGAAGUAGCGCCUAUAAGUUAUUUCUAAUGUUUGUGUGUGUGUGUCUGCAAUAAUCCAAACUGGAUUGAUUGGUGUUGACUGGUUCCCACUCGUUAACACCCUCGGAGUGGUAGUUUUACAACCACAUUUGCUGCAAGGUCUGUGUUGCGUUUCCUUUUCCUUUUUUUUUUUUUUUUUUUUUUAAAUCAGCAAAACAAGUGGUCCAAAAAGAAAUUUCAAUAUGCAAUGAUUAACUGUGCAUGGAAAUAAUGUAAUAAAAUAUUGUGUGCUGUUUUUAAAUGGAGCUUAAUAUUUCAGAAGUGAGAAAAAAAAAAAGGUGUGAGUGAAAAGAAAAGAGCUGAAGCGAAGCGAGCGCACUUUAAAGAAUGUGUCGUGCCUGUCACAAUCUGUGUUUGGACUGAAAACAAAUGACAAAAGCUGGCGUCCUGUGGUAUCUGACGGUGCUAAGACCUUUUUAUUAAAACUAGUUUUCACUCAGGGGUGGUGGGCACUACCUACCUACCAUGUGGUUAUAGGUUUUUCAUCCUCGCCUUUGCUAUUUCAGUGUCCGUUGGUCAUGAUAUGGUUCACAUCUGUCUGCUUUGGUCCCUUGAAGG